GAGGCUCGCAGAAAUACUCUACUAAAAGAUACUAUGAGGGAGCAAUGCAUUCCAAGUUUGGUUGAAUCAUGGUAUCAAAUCUUGCAAACAUAUCAAUAUACAAAUUCAGAAUUGACAUGUCAGUGCCUUGAAGUAGUUGGAGCAUAUGUCUCUUGGAUAGAUUUGAGUCUAAUUGCAAAUGAAAGGUUUAUAAAUAUGCUGCUAGGUCAUAUGUCCAUAGAAGUUUUACGAGAGGAAGCAUGUGACUGCUUGUUUGAAAUUGUAAAUAAGGGAAUGGAUCCAAUUGAUAAAACUAAGUUGGUAGAAACUUUGUGUCAAGUUUUGCAGUCUGCUGGCCUAUUUAUAGUUGAUCAGGAAGAAGAUGUAGACUUUCUAGCUAGAUUUUCUAAACUGAUAAAUGGAAUGGGGCAGGCAUUGAUAGCUAGCUGGUCUAAACUUGUGAAGAUUGGAGAUUUGAAAAAUGCUCAAGAUAGUCUACAAGCAAUUGAAGCAAAAGUGGCUCUAAUGCUACAGCUUUUGAUUCAUGAAGAUGAUGAUAUAUCUUCAAAUAUAAUAGGGUUCUGUUAUGAUUAUCUGCACAUAUUGAAACAGCUCCCUGUGCUUUCAGAACAACAAAAAGCUAACGUAGAGGCAAUUAUGCUGGCAGUAAUGAAAAAAUUAACAUAUGAUGAAGAAUACAACUUUGAAAAUGAGGGUGAAGAUGAAGCCAUGUUUGUAGAAUAUCGGAAACAGCUAAAACUGUUGUUGGAUAGACUUGCACAAGUCUCACCUGAAUUACUAUUAGUUUCUGUUCGCAGAGUUUUUAACACUACAUUGCAGAAUUGGCAAACCAAACCAUUUAUGGAAGUAGAAGUAGCAAUAAGAUUGUUAUACAUGUUAGCUGAAGCUCUUCCAGUAUCUCAUAGCAUUCACUUUACAGGUGAUACAAAAGCUGGUGCUCUGCAAGAUAUGAUGCGGACUUUGGUUACAUCAGGUAUUAGCACCUACCAGCACACAUCAGUAACUCUGGAAUUCUUUGAGACUGUGGUCAGAUAUGAAAAAUUUUUCUCUCUGGAACCUCAGCACAUUCCGAAUGUUUUAAUAGCAUUCUUGGAUCACAGAGGUCUUCGCCAUACUAAUCCAAAAGUACGAAGCAGAACAGCAUACCUUUUUUCCAGAUUUGUCAAAUCCCUCAAUAAACAAAUGAACCCUUUUAUUGAAGAUGUAUUGAACAGAAUACAAGACCUGUUAGAGCUUUCUCCACCUGAGAAUGGCUACCAGGCUUUAUUAACCAGUGAUGAUCAACUCUUUAUUUAUGAGACUGCAGGAGUAUUAAUUGUGAACAGUGAAUACUCUACAGAACGUAAGCAGUCUUUAAUGAGGAACCUCUUGACUCCUCUAAUGGAGAGAUUCAAAGUGCUGCUAGAAAAGCUUGUGAUGUCACAAGAUGAAGACAGGCAGAUGGCAUUAGCUGAUUGCCUAAAUCAUGCUGUAGGCUUUGCAAGCCGUACUAGCAAAGCUUUCAGCAACAAGCAGACAGUCAAACAAUGUGGAUGCUCAGAAGUGUAUCUGGACUGCUUACAAACAUUUCUACCAGCUCUUAGCUGCCCCUUGCAGAAGGAAGUUCUUAGAAGUGGUGUACGAACCUUUCUUCACCGAAUGAUUAUUUGUUUAGAGGAAGAAGUUCUUCCAUUCAUUCCUUCAGCCUCUGAACAUAUGCUCAAGGAUUGUGAAGCAAAAGAUCUUCAAGAAUUUAUUCCCCUCAUAAACCAGAUCACAGCAAAGUUUAAGACCCAGGUCUCCCCAUUUCUCCAGCAAAUGUUUAUGCCAUUACUGCAAGCUAUUUUUGAAGUAUUGCACCAACCUGCUGAAGAUAAUGACCAAUCUGCUGCUUUAGAAAAGCAAAUGCUGCGAAGGAGUUACUUUGCCUUCCUACAAACAGUCACUGGCAGUGGAAUGAGUGAAGUCAUAGCAAAUCAGGGUGCAGAGAAUGUAGAGCGUGUACUGUUUACAAUCAUCCAAGGAGCAGUUGACUAUCCUGAUCCUAUUGCUCAGAAAACGUGCUUUAUUAUUCUUUCAAAAUUGGUGGAACUUUGGGGAGGCAAAGAUGGACCUGUGGGUUUUGCUGACUUUGUCUAUAAACAUAUUGUUCCUGCUUGUUUCUUAGCACCUUUGAAACAAACAUUUGACUUAGCAGAUGCACAGACAGUAUUGGCUUUAUCAGAAUGUGCAGUGACAUUAAAAACAAUUCAUCUCAAAAGGGGGCUUGAAUGUAUCCAGUAUUUGCAACAGAAAUAUCUCCCUUCCUUGCAAGUAGCCCCUGAAAUAAUACAGGAGUUCUGUCAAGCACUUCAGCAGCCUGAUGCUAAAGUUUUUAAAAACUACUUAAAGGUAUUCUUUCAAAGAGCAAAACCUUGAGGAAUCUACUGGAAUUUCUGCUUGUCUUCCUUAAUCAGGAACUCCAAAUAUUAAUUUAUAGGAAUGCUAACUUCUGUGCCAUUCAAAUUUUUUUUUUUAGUUUAUCUCUGCAUAAAUCGGAUGUGUAUUAGCCUUUUUACAUAAUACAGGAGAAUUGCCUAUACUUUGCUGGUUGAUGCACAUAAAGGCAUAAAGAUAACCUAAGGUGCCUGAUUACCUGUUUCAAACAGUACAUUGGAUAACUAUAAGUUGUAAUUAAAAAAGCAAAAAUGAAAGGCUUUUUCAUUUUAAAAUUAAACAGUGUAUAUAAAUUCCAAAUUACAUAGAAAUGGUUAUAAAUUAUGUACAUUUUAAAAUAAAUAUGUGCAUAUUAGAAGCAAGAUUCAUUUGUUCAUGUAUUGUGGAAUAAAAUAAAAGAAACUCUAUUUGUAGAUAGAUUUUUCUUUGAAUGGACUAAACAGAAAUCAAAACCGUUAUUAAUUAGAUUGAUAAGAAAUAUAUGUGGCACUACCUUUUUAUACAAAUAAAUAAACAUUAUUCAAUGAAA